CUUGUACAAAGUCUCAUAUUCGUCGUACGCGGGUCGAGACUUCGCACGGUGCGAGCGCGGUACGUCGCGUGCGUUUAUUUUUUUUAAAUUUGUCUUCACUCUUUUUUUUUUUAAGAAACAAAAAUGUUGAAGUACACUGUGAAAAAAUAUUGUUCUGAGGGGAGUAAAAUAAAUCAAAUUAUUAUAGCAAUUUUGAUGGUACUCCCUGUAUUUUCUUAUGGCACGGCCGUGGGAUGGAUGUCCCCAAUGGGCCCCCGGCUAAUGUCUCCCGAAUCUCCCGCGGCGGAUCCAGUACAUCCCGACGUCAUAUCCUGGAUGGCAUCAGUGGUGUACUUAGUGGGGACGCCAGCUGUGUUCCUCUUUGGUUACAUUGUUGAUAAUUACGGCAGGAAGAAGGCUCUGAUGUUAACUUCUUUGUCUAUGGUCGUGUGCUGGGGCCUCAAAUUAUACUCGACAGCUACCUGGGCAUUAAUAACCGCUCGGGCCAUAAUAGGCCUGGGCGUGAGUGGAGCAUAUGUAGUCACUCCUCUGUACAUUAAAGAAAUCAGUGAAGACUCCAUUAGAGGAGUGCUCGGAAGCCUGGUAGUUCUAUCUCAGAAUUUAGGCAACUUGGUGGUGUAUGUUCUGGGAGAAUAUUUGAGUUACGACGCGACGUUGUGGAUCUGUUUGGCGAUACCAUUGGUGCAUUUGUUGGUGUUCACCACAAUGCCAGAAACGCCGUCCUAUCUAUUGAAGAGAGGAAAGGUCGAGGAAGCAAGGGAUACUCUCGCCUGGUUGAGGUGCAGAGACACCUCGGAAGCUGCGGUGGACAGCGAGUUGCAACUGUUGUUAUUAGAACUGGAGCAAAGUAAAUCGGGAAAUAUUGCAAGUGCAUUGAAAAGUUUAGUGACGGAUCGAAGCACCUUCCGCGCAUUCCGGAUAACGCUGACGAUAACUCUAGCGCGGGAAAUGUGCGGUUGUCUCACAGUGUUGCAUUUUGCAUCGUUGAUAUUCAGCGAGGCCAGCCAAGGUGGCUGGGUGCUGACUGCCAACCAGCAGGCGGCCGUGCUGGGCGUAGUACAACUGAUAGGAUCCUGCACCGCCUCUAGUCUGGUGGAAAGGACAGGCAGGAAGCCCCUACUAGGCACUACUUGCUUAAUAUCGGGCGUGGCUCUCUGCGUGCUGGGCUCCUGGUUCUACGUGCAGAGCUUGGGAGACGGCGCCGGCGCAUCAUGGUUGCCCGUAGCCGCGUUAUGUUUGUGCAUAUACUGUGACGCUGCGGGCUUGCAACCUGUGCCGUUUGUGAUUAUGACUGAAAUGUUUUCGUUUCAGUUCCGGGGAACUGUGACGUCUAUAGUCAUAUCAUUCGCGUGCGCCCUCGUCUCCGUGCAACUGCGUGUGUUCCAGCCUCUUGCAACAGCUGUAGGACUAUAUCUUAUCUUCUGGCUGUUCGCCGGUAUCUGCCUCAUCAGCACCGUGUACAUAGCGCUGGUGGUGCCAGAGACAAGGAUGCGCAGUAUCGACGAAAUAUACGCGGAGAUAGGCGGUAAAAAAUGUAAAGAGAGCAAAGACUGUGAAGCUGAUGUUACCAGACUGUAACUUAGUAACUUAAUUAUGAAGUUAGAAUAUUUGUGACGUCAUCAUUUAUACUCGUAUCCCCUAAAAGUAACAAAUGACUAUACGAUGAAAUUUAAAUCAUAUUAACAUUAACAGGAAUGUUGUAUUAGUCAAUUUGAACAGUUUAUCCAAAGAAACAUGGCUCAAUAAUUGACAAAAAAAUUUCACAAUCUUCAAAGUGCUUUUAGACCCUUUUUUAAAUGUUUAGUUUUUCUAGUAGUAUAUUGCCUUGCAAAAUGCAAAUAAUUUUGAUUUCACCGUAUAUUUGGAUGGGCAAUCAAUACGAUAGACAAUUAUUUAUUUAUUUCAUCAACUGAGUGAGCUUUACAGUUUCCCAAUACGCUCACCCAGGAAAGUAUCAGUACAGUAAUACAUAUGUAUAAUUAAAUGUAAUAAUGUUUAAUUACAUUUAAAUCACAUAACAAUAAUAACAUUUAAUAUCAUAAAUCUCUGAACAUAAACACUUUGAGGUGAUCCGACGAAACUCCAGCAAGUUGGAGGCAAACACAUCGAAUUGUGGACACUGGCUCAAAAUAUAAUUGAGCAGUUUCAAUGCAAGAGAGAGGAGAGUUAGCUUAGCCAACUCUGUUCUUCUUGUACUUUAUUAUACUCCUAAUAACGCGAGUCCGAAACCAACUGCUCAUCAACUAAGUAGUGGGCAGACCUUGUAGUUCUACUAUCAAAUUAAAGGUUAUAUUUGAAGGAAUUUAAGUACUUAUUAUUAAGUACAUACAACUAAGAACUAAUUAUAUAUAUUUUCGUCAAUAGAUAUAAUAUGAAUUGGAUACUUUGUAGAUGUUAUGACAGAUGUUUUGUUUGUGAUUGUAGGUAGAUAUUUGUAGGUAGUUUCUUUAAAUAUCAAUGAACAAUACAAAUAUGAUGAUAGCCAAUCAGUGAUAACCGUAUAGUAGCUAUUUGUAUUUAGUGAUGUACUUAACAUAGUAUAAGUUUACUCACCGAUCAAAAUGUGGUCAAAAUUGUAGAACCUAUUAAUAUAUAAGUAGGUAGAUAAGAUAAGGUAGAUUGAAGAGAAUAACGGUUUAAAGGAUUUUAUAACCAAAUAUAAAUCCUUAAGGUCGAUAAUGAACAAUAUCAUUAUUUUGAAUAAAAUAUAAAUACGAUUUAGAGGUAUUUUUGAAAAUUGCAAUUCAUCUAAUUGGUAAUUUCUUAGAAUAAUCCGCAAAACGACCAAAAACAAUGAAGUGUUAAUCAUUAGCCAAUUCAUUGCUGGAUAGGAUAGGAUAGACAAGCCUCAGCGUUUUUCAACCAAUACGGUUCUAUAUAAUUAAGUAAAUAAACCCUUAUUCUACAUUUUGAUUUGUGCCGAUUUAAAACAAAAAGGAAUUUCAAAUAUAUUUGUUUACAAACUAUUUUACACAGUAACUUUUUCUGAUUCUAUUAAACUGAGAAGAACCUGCAAGAAAUUUGUCACUCUUUUAAAUUAAUUAAUAAUGUCAACGGAACAUGUUUUUACUCAUAUUUAAAUGUAUUAUAUCUAAAAAGUCCAUGUAUAAUUGAUUAACACCAUGCACAUUUGUUAUUCAACGUGUUUGAUAUUUGUGGAAAAUAUAUUUAAAUUCUGUUUCACAAAAAUACCUAAGUUGAAUUUCUUUUUGAAGUUGAUUGAAAAAUAAAUAGAUUCUUAGAUAUUAAAUAUUAACAGCUUAGGAAAAUAAUAUACAACACUGGAUAAAUUGCAAAAAAUCAUUUCAAUAUUCUGUUAGAAAAUUAGGAAUCCAUUUUGUUUGCCACGUCAUUGGUCAUAUUUUUUUUAUGUAUUAUCAUACAAAACCAUUUUAGAUUUUUUUAUUUAAUUAAAUAAAUCCGGCUUUAUUGAUAUCAUGAACGUUUAUAAAGCAUUUUAUUAGAGCUUUAGUUAGGAUAAUAUUUUAGCCAUAUCAAACUUUCGUAUAUAACGAAGGCAGCCUAGAAAUUUUGAAACCAGAGGGCGACACUUCCAUCUUAGUACUAGUAUUUUUAAAUGGAUCAAAACUCAGCCUGUGCUAUUGGUAUACGCUAGUGUAAAAUAAACGCUAUGAAGUAGUGUCGGUUGCCCAUUGUGACAUCUUCUCCAGAAAUUUACCACCUGUCUAGUUUCUAGAGGAGACAAUGAGAAAGUGGGCCUGAUAGUGUAUAUUGAUAGAAUUAAGACCCUUUGUUCCCGUUAUCACUUUUAAAAUAACCGUUGAAAUAAAGAUGUGUUUAAAGUAACUUUGAAUUUAGAUUUGAAUAUGUAUGAACCCAAUUUGAAACUAGACAAUACAUUCGACUUCUCUCGUGUCGUGAUUACUUUUAACAGUUCUUAUUUUUAAGUAGAAAAAUAAUGUAAAUAGUGAAUUAUAAUAUCAAAAUGAGAUAUUUUUGAUACUAGACAAAUAAAUAAUAUUAAUAAAUCA